AUGCAUCUCAUGUACAACCACGACCCGUCAGGGAAGCGGAUCUACACGCUCAAGAAGGUCAUGGACGGCCAGGUCACCAAGUCGGCGCACCCGGCCCGCUUCUCGCCCGACGACAAGUGGUCGCGCCACCGGAUCACGAUGCGCAAGCGCUUCGGCGUGCUGCUCGCGGCGCACAAGGAGAAGGGGGAGACUCGGGACUGGGAUAUGCGGAAUGGCUGA